AUGUCCACCGUGGACGUGGGGAAGAAAAAUUCAGCACCGAGAGUAUUACCCCACUAUGGAAAUCUUCUCUUUCACAUUUCUUCCGUUGGGGUCAUGUUGAAAGGGUUCAUGGCUUUACAAGAUAUGUCAAUCUCUAAAGCUGUCGAACCGCAAGUGAGGUUUCUUCUUUACCUCACUAUUAUAGGAUUAUUUGGAUCUGGGAUGGUCAUGAUUUUUUCUUCAAUCUCGGAUUUACUCCCUUCCGUCUCAUUUGUUAGAAGAUUAAAACGAUCCAUUCUGUUAUUCGCCAUGCCGGUGGAAAUUGUUAUCUCGUCCAUUUAUUGGCCGUUGGUACUUUUCAGACCAGAACUCAUGUUCCCUCCUAAUCCUGUCAUCUCCAUUACUCCAGAACCAUCCUCCAGCCCCAACACAGACUUGCUUUUCAGGAUUCCACUCUGGAUGGAUCUCAGUAUGCAUGCGGUACCUGGUAUCGUACUCCUUUUAGACUUCUUCCUGCUCGAACCCAAAUACCGACAACCUGCUUCUACUCGCGGAGCCGCCUUGCUCGCCAUUAUCUUCGGAACGACUUACUCGCUUUGGAUAGAAUACGCAUCUAACAUCAAUGGGAGAUUCCCUUAUCCAUUCUUGACAGUCAUGACUCUUUCUCAGAGGGUUAUGAUGUAUGUUAUCAGUACGGGUUUGGCAUUGGGAGCUUUUAGGUUUUUGAAUUGGUUACAUCGAUAA